CUGAGACCGUGAUAGUAUCGCGAGAUCAGAUCAUGGUCUCGCGUGAUUUGCCGAAUACCUCGCUGGUAGCGAACCGCGUGAGGGGUCGCGGCACUGCUUUCUCGCAGAAGCCUAUUAUACUAACAUCACCUUCGUUUCCAUACAAGGUUACCAGCUAGUCAAGCAUGUCGUCCGUGGGGCAGAGAGAGAAGGCUGCCCUCAGGCAGUGCGUUCAGGCCCGGUCCCAGCUGGAGGAGGCCAUCGCUGGGGUCAUCAGAGCCGAAGUUCAGCUCAGGAGCAACUCCAGAGAGGUGAAGUCUCAGCUCCACAGCUGUAUCAGUAGACAUCUGGAGAUCCUUCGCUCUCGUGAAGUCUGGCUGCUGGAGCAGAUCGAUCUGGUGGAGCAGCUCAAAGGAGAAACUUUACACCAGCAGCUACAGCAGCUGCAUUUGCUCAAAGGCAGCUUUGACAUCCUCAUUCAUCAGCUGGAGUAUUCCAGCAGUAACAAUCUGGCCACUCAGCUCACCAGCUGCCUGGAAAAGUUUUCUUCUCUCAAUCUGACUCCUGACGAAAGCCCAGAGAUGAGUUUCCAAGCCGAUGCACGCAGCUUGCGCCAGGCUAUCACAUCCUUUGGGACCAUUUCUACCCAGCACAUGGAGACCUCAAACUCUUCUGAGAGACCAUGGCUUCUCCAGGACUGUCCAGUUUCUUGCAAGAAACAGAAACUGGAUCCUGAAUGGGACACGCCUCUGGCGGAGUGGCUUCUGGGAAACCGUUCAGUAAGCAGCGCUCCUGUAGGACACCACCUCAGCACAAACCCUCAGGACUGGCUGCUUGUUUCCAAGGAAUCUCAGGAAGAGCGAGAGUUACCUGCCUUUGACUUCCAAAAAGCUUGGGGUCAGCUUCAAGACCUGGAGUCGUGGCUUCUGAAAGAGAAAGUGCCAGUUCGUGAGCGAACCUGCAGCGGAAGCUCGACCUUUUCGAUUGAGAUGAUCGAGGAAAGUGACCUAAAUCUUGAUGAGGCGGAAGACCAGCCAGAAAAAUGGGAUGACGCUGUUGAGGAAGAAGAACUCAGCAAGUGGCUGUUCAGCCCAAGCUCGGUCAAGCAAGAUAAAACCAGCCCGGUGUCAGAUGCUGACCGCUUCAAGCUGAUCAUCAACCCCUUUUACGAGAGCUUCUCCUCCAGCGAUUGGCUAACCAAGUCCGACUGCAGCUCUUGCUGUGCCACACGCAGCACUGCCGUGGAAAUCGAAAACCUCGGAAAGCUCAAGUGCCUAAAGACUCCACCCUCAUCCGCUGCCAGCUCUCCAGUCACCAGUCCAGAAGCCAUCGAGAUGUGGCUUCACAAGACCAUCCCUAUUGAGACCACCUGCAAAGCCAACGAGACCUGUGCCAGCUACGCUCAAUGUGUCUGUGACGACAACUGUGGAAAAGAGGCCCUCAGUGCCUGGCUCCUCAAGAAAGAGGGUCGAGAUAAGAAUGGCGUUCCUGUCAAUAAGAACGCCCCAAACAAAGCCUCCAGCCAGCAGCAGGAGCAGCAGCAGAAGGUCCAAGCCAUCCUUGAGGCAUGGCUGCACCCGAGCAACAGUGCCAAGUCCCCUGCCCUGUCGUCCCUCUCUGCCUGGGUGACCCCGUACCUCAAAACCUCAGACUCUGAGAGCUCCACACAGGAGCCUUUGCAGAACUGGCUUUUGCCAGCGAUGAAGCACAUAAGCACAACCACUGAGACGCCAAAGAGCGAGAACACUAAGGAGCAAGACAGCAAAGAUAUCGAAGAGGACAAAUGGCUUCUACGCAAACGGGCCAGUGCACAGGAAAGACUAGGCCUACCCACAGUUUGUGACCUGUUUUCCUGUAUGAAGCUCAGUGGGGACAAAGAGAAGUGGCUCCAUCAAGCAGUUACACAGAUAUAAAUGCAACAUCCAUUGGCUCUUGGAGAUUUGACUCUAGCGUUAUUAUAUCGCUGAUUGUUGCACAAUAUUUGUUUCUUCAGUGCUCUUUAGAGAUUCAUUCUCGCAGUAAUCUUCUUGAUUGAAAGGGUGAUUUGGAGUAAAGGUCCCGUCCAGGAGGCAAGGCAUUUGGAACACCAUCACUUGAAUCCAUGUCAUGUGAAUUACUGUCUUAUUGCCCCCUUUUUUUUUGGCUUAACGCAGUUAAUUUUCAGUAAUGUGACCAGAUUGCUGCAUACAAAACAAAUACAAUUUUCUUUUUUUCCUUAUGGAGGCAUAGUGGGGGUGGGUGAGGGUUGGGAUGAACUGAAAUAAAACCAUAAAUCUAUAUUACUUUUAAUCACGCACAGUUACAGCUUUUUUUAAUUAAUCUUCCAAAACUCAGUCCUGCAGAUAUGGAGGAAAACAUGCUCUAAAGCAGAGAAUGAUUUCCUCCAUCAUCAGUUCUGAGUGUAUAUAUAGAAUUUUACUCUAGUAUGGAAUUUGCCGUUUAUUUUACUUUAAUGAUUAUAUUAUAAACUUUAGUGGCAUAUAAAACACCAGCUAAUUAGAGCAUUACUUGUGUCAUUGGAAGCUCAUGAAAUCUGACACCGAAUGUGUAGCAAUGCUUGCUGUCAGUCCAUCUCCUGUAUGUGUGAAAUCAAUCCACCAAAGUUCACCAUCUCUGCUGUGUCAUGGGCUACAGCAGUGGAUGUUUGUUGUGUGGUCUUUGUGUUAGGCUCAAGAGUGUUGGUAAAUGUUUAGCAUAGAAUCACAAUAGUUCUUUUUCAAUUUAAUUGCUCUUAUAGUAACCACUGGUACUGCUUAUGCCUAUGCUGUUAACAAAGAUCGAGCAAAUGGUGAAACUGGUUGAAAAAUGUAACUGAAAAUUCAAUUUCAUCAUAACGUCAUCUCAUGUACCAAUCCUUCACUUAGCAUUGGACCAAUGUUGGUACAUUAAGAUAAACUGUGCAGAAAUGUGUGCACUGCCAGUGUUGGACUGCACGCGUACACGUGGAUUAAUCGCAAAAAUAUUGCUUACAGUGAUCUCUCUAAUGCUUUGAACCUUGCCAACUGAAUAAAUAAAAGUACAUAAAGUCA